AUAAAUAGGCCAUUGUCCAUGCAGAAGUACAAACCAUCUACUAAAACAUCUUCUAUAUCUCUCUCUCUCUUUUCUUAACCAAGAAUAACAUCUUGUCUUGCCGACGGUGAGACUUUCCAGUGAAAGCAAUGGCAACUCCGGCAUGGAGUCUUGCCGGCAAGACUCAUUUGGUAGUUGCUGUUUUGGCAAUGCUCGUGGGUUUGACCUUGGCAACGGAACCUUAUUACUAUAGUUCUCCUCCACCACCCUACGAAUACAAAUCUGCACCACCUCCGGUGAAAUCUACUCCCGCACCGUAUGAAUAUAAAUCCCCUCCUCCUCCACCACCAUAUUCUUAUCACUCACCGCCUCCUCCGGUGAAGUCCCCUCCUCCACCUUAUUAUUACCAUUCACCUCCUCUUCCAGUGAAAUCUCCACCACCACCGUAUUAUUAUCACUCUCCGCCACCACCGGUGAAAUCUCCACCACCACAGUAUUAUUACCAUUCUCCACCUCCUCCGGUGAAGUCUCCUCCUCCACCUUAUUACUACCAUUCACCCCCUCCUCCGGUAAAAUCUCCUCCUCCACCUUAUUACUACCAUUCACCUCCUCCUCCGGCAAAAUCUCCUCCUCCACCUUAUUACUACCAUUCUCCACCUCCUCCGGUUAAAUAUCCACCACCACCGUACUAUUACCAUUCUCCACCUCCUCCGGUGAAAUCUCCACCACCACCUUACUAUUAUCAUUCACCGCCUCCCCCAGUGAAAUCACCUCCUCCACCAUACUACUACCAUUCCCCUCCUCCUCCAAUGAAGUCUCCACCACCUCCAUAUUACUACCAUUCUCCGUCUCCUCCGGUGAAGUCUCCUCCUCCACCAUACUACUAUCAUUCACCUCCUCCCCCGGUGAAGUCUCCUCCGCCACCAUACUAUUAUCAUUCACCACCUCCCCCAGUGAAAUCUCCACCACCACCAUACUACUACCAUUCUCCUCCUCCUCCCAUGAAAUCUCCCCCUCCUCCUUACUACAACAACUCCCCACCACCACCGGUGAAAUCUCCACCACCUCCUUAUUACUCCAAGUCUCCUCCUCCUCCAGUGAAAUCCCCACCACCCCCAUACUACUACCAAUCACCUCCACCACCACCAAAAACCUACUCUCCACCUUACUACUACUCAUCCCCACCACCACCAGUCAAAUCAUACUCUCCACCGUACUACUACACAUCUCCACCACCGCCGGUCUCAUAUCUUCACCCCCAUCCUCACCCACACCCAAAACCACUUGUAUUUAAAGUUGUUGGUAAAGUUUACUGCUAUAGAUGCUACGAUUGGACCUACCCUAAAAAGUCACACGACAAAAAGCAUCUCAAAGGUGCUGUCGUGGAGGUGACAUGCAAGGCAGGAGACAAAACGGUCAAAGCGUACGGUAAGACAAAGAUAAAUGGUAAAUAUGCAAUCACCGUGGAAGGGUACAACUACCGCAAAUACGGCGGCGAGGUAUGCACGGCCAAGUUACACGCGCCACCAAAGGGAUCACCUUGUAAUAUUCCUACAAGUUACAAUAUGGGUAACAAAGGAGGUAAACUUCAUGUGAAAUCAAAGACCAAGUACGAGGUUGUGCUUUACGCCAAGUCCUUUGCUUAUGCACCUGAGAAGCCUUAUGAGGAAUGCCAUAAACCAGCUCCUUACCACCCACCUUAUUACUACAAGUCUCCGCCGCCCCCAACUCCGGUUUACUACUACAAGUCGCCGCCGCCACCUGCCCCAACUUACCUCUAUAAGUCGCCACCACCUCCAACUCAUUCUCCUACACCGUAUUACUAUCACUCACCUCCACCACCGGUUAAGUCUCCACCACCACCAUACUAUUAUCAUUCGCCACCUCCACCGGUGAAAUCUCCACCACCACCCUAUUACUACCAAUCUCCUCCACCUCCAGUGAAAUCUCCCCCACCUCCAUACUACUACAAGUCUCCUCCACCACCGGUCAAAUCUCCUCCACCACCUUACUACUACCACUCUCCUCCUCCUCUGGUCAAAUCUCCUCCACCGCCAUACUACUACCACUCUCCUCCUCCACCAGUUAAAUCACCACCUCCUCCAUACUAUUACCAUUCACCGCCUCCGCCAGUCAAAUCCCCACCACCACCAUAUUACUACCACUCCCCACCCCCUCCAGUGAAAUCUCCUCCACCACCAUAUUAUUACCAUUCUCCACCUCCUCCGGUGAAAUCUCCACCACCUCCAUAUUAUUACCACUCUCCUCCUCCACCAGUCAAAUCACCGCCGCCUCCAUAUUAUUACCACUCUCCACCUCCACCAGUGAAAUCACCUCCUCCUUACUACUACCAUUCACCACCCCCGCCAGUGAAGUCACCUCCACCACCGUAUUACUACCAUUCUCCACCUCCUCCCGUGAAAUCUCCUCCACCACCAUACUAUUAUCAUUCUCCCCCUCCUCCCGUGAAAUCACCUCCUCCUCCUUAUUACUACCACUCACCACCUCCACCAGUCAAAUCUCCACCACCACCAUAUUAUUAUCAUUCUCCACCUCCUCCAGUAAAAUCUCCCCCACCACCAUACUACUACAACUCACCUCCUCCACCAGUCAAAUCUCCACCACCACCGUACCAUUACAACUCUCCCCCGCCUCCCGUAAAAUCUCCUCCUCCAGUCUACAUCUACGCAUCUCCACCACCUCCCAUCCACUACUAAACUCACCAAGCUUAACCAAAUUUCCCCAAUAUUCAAGUUUUCUUUUAAAAUGUGUAAUAAAGAAAAGGUGUACGAGGAGAUCAAGAAGUGAACCAAAUAAGGAUUGUCACAUUUCAGUCAGCGACUAUGAUUAUCUCAAGACGAACCACUUCACUUCCACUUCAUUAGGACUACUCAUCACCUUUCAUGUUUUCAUUCUAGCUUCUUCAUUUCAGAUUUGCCAAAAAUUGAAUUGUAAUUUAAUUGUUGUUACAUAGCAUUUUAUCUUUUACAAGUCCACCUCUAUCAAAAUAAAAUUUGCAAUAAAGUCAGGUUUCUAAUU